CUAGCUUUGGCUUGAAACCUUAGACGGACCUUGACCGUCAGUUGAUUCCACGCCAUGUGAGGUCGGAUGCCUACUUUCCGUCUUCCGUGCUCUGGAACCUGUCACAAUAUACGAACCUUAUCGGACUCUGACAUUUCUCUGACCACCAUAGCUAUUUGUUUCGGUCCUUCUUUCCCUACCCUACUUUCUGUUGAUUCCCUCCUGUCACCUUUAUCUAGGUCCUCUUCAAGGCCCAACUCGUCGCUAGUUUAUCUCACCUGCUUUCUAUUAUGCCCCGCGUGACACCCGACCUCUGACCGUUGUCAUGGCCAGCCAGGCCGCACCCCCUGCGCCCUUUGGGGCUACAGCUGUCUCUACUGCUGUGGGUAGAGAGCUUGGAGGCUCGAUGCGGACAUCAAUGCCGUCGGAGGAGAAGACGGAGAGCUCAGACUCAGCUUGUCUGGAAUCAGAAGACGAUAUCGGACGGGGCAGUCAGCAGGCGAUAGCUGCUCUAGCACGCAGUCUCUCGCAUUUAUCCGAUAAAAGCAGCAUCGGUGAGGGAACCAAUACUUUUCUCGACCCCACUAGCAACCCCGAGCUGGAUCCCAACUCGGAUCAGUUCAACUCGCGCAAAUGGACCAAAAACUUGCUUCGAAUCACCUCGCGUGACCCAGACCGAUAUCCCCGCCGUACUGCGGGUGUCUCCUUUCGCAAUCUAAAUGCUUUCGGCUAUGGUACCGCCGCUGAUUAUCAGGCAAAUGUCGCAAACAUGUGGCUCAAGGGAUUUGGUUGGCUUCGAGAAAAGCUGGGCUGUAGGAACAAGGUCAGGAUUGAUAUCCUUCGUAACUUUGAGGGAUUUGUCCACAGUGGUGAGAUGCUUGUCGUGCUUGGUCGCCCUGGAAGUGGUUGCUCAACCUUCCUCAAAACCAUCGCAGGUGAGACCCACGGCUUAUGGCUCGAUCAUGGAACCGAUAUCCAGUAUCAAGGUAUAUCCUGGGACGAGAUGCACAGCCGUUUCCGGGGUGAAGUCAUCUACCAGGCUGAGACUGAAAUCCACUUCCCACAACUCACGGUGGGCGAAACACUUCACUUUGCGGCACAUGCCCGAGCCCCAUCCAACAGAUUCCCAGGCGUCACCCGAGGGCAGUAUGCGACCCACAUGAGAGAUGUUGUUAUGGCAAUGUUGGGCCUGAGCCACACUAUAAACACGCGAGUGGGCAACGAAUACAUUCGAGGUGUAUCUGGCGGAGAAAGAAAACGUGUCAGCAUAGCUGAGACCAUAUUGUGUGGCAGUCCCUUACAGUGCUGGGACAACAGUACACGCGGUCUGGACAGCUCAACGGCUCUUGAGUUUGUCAGAAAAUUGCGGCUUUCCACAGAAUACACUGGGUCUACUGCAAUUGUGGCAAUAUACCAAGCUAGCCAAGCAAUCUACGAUAUUUUUGACAAAGCCAUUGUCCUUUAUGAAGGCCGGCAAAUCUACUUCGGUCAUGCUGAUGACGCAAGACGUUUCUUCAUUGAGAUGGGGUUUGAAUGCCCAGACAGGCAAACAACUGCUGAUUUUUUGACUUCCUUAACCAGCCCGACGGAGCGAAAGGUCCGUAAGGGAUUUGAACAUGCAGUUCCUCGCACCCCGGACGAGUUUGCGGUCCGGUGGAGGGAAAGCGCUGAGAGAAAACAGCUGUUGGCCGAUAUUGAGGCUUUCCAGACCGAGUUCCCAUUGGGCGGGGACAAAUUGGAAGAAUUCAACCGCUCUCGUGCUGCUGAAAAGGCCAAAAGAGCCCGGAUAAAGUCACCAUAUACACUAUCAUACCCAAUGCAAAUUCGUCUGUGUCUUCGCAGGGGCUUCCAGCGCCUCAAAGGCGAUAUGAGUAUGACAUUGGCUAGCGUCAUUGGCAACUGUGUUAUGGCUUUGGUCGUCUCUAGCGUGUUCUACAACCUUGGUCCGACAACAGAUAGCUUUUUCCAGCGGGGGGCCCUCCUGUUCUUUGCAAUUUUGCUGAAUGCAUUUGCAAGCGCACUCGAAAUCCUUACGCUGUGGCAACAACGACCGAUAGUGGAAAAGCAUGACAAGUACGCACUCUAUCAUCCAUCAGCAGAGGCAAUCAGCUCCAUGCUCGUUGAUCUCCCAUCGAAAGCAAUUGUCUCCGUGGUAUUCAAUCUGAUCCUUUAUUUCAUGUCCAAUCUGCGCCGUACCCCGGGACACUUCUUCGUGUUUUACCUAUUUUCUGUAACAACUACCUUGACUAUGUCAAACAUUUUCCGUUGGACUGGAGCUGUUUCGCGAUCCAUGGCCCAGGCCAUGGUACCUUCGUCCAUUUUCAUGAUGAUCCUUGUGAUCUAUACAGGCUUUACAAUCCCGGUCCGGGAUAUGCAUCCAUGGUUUCGGUGGUUGAAUUACUUGGAUCCGAUCGCGUAUGCUUUUGAGUCUCUCAUGAUCAACGAGUUUAGUGACCGCCGCUUUCCCUGUGCCCAGUAUGUACCUUCUGGCCCAGGUUACGAGAACACUCCCAUUACGUCCAAGAUUUGCAGUAAGAAUGGUGCUGUGGCCGGUCAAGACUACAUUGACGGCGACAGAUAUCUGAAUAUUUCGUUCGAAUACUACCGGUCGCACCUCUGGCGCAACUAUGGCAUUCUCUUGGGGUUUCUUUUCUUUUCCCUUGCCUGCUAUAUUAUCAGCAGUGAAUUAGUCCGUGCUAAGCCUUCCAAGGGUGAGAUUCUGGUCUUUCCUCGAGGAAAAAUCCCGGCCUUUGUCAGGAGGGUCCCCGGUGACGACGAUGUGGAGAACGUCCCGACCUCGGAGAAACAGCGUAUCGGCGCCGAGGAGCCCGACCAUACGGCUGCCAUUGUCAAGCAAACAUCUAUAUUCCAUUGGCAGGAUGUUUGCUACGAUAUCAAGGUUAAGGGUCAACCACGCCAGAUUCUGGACCACGUAGAUGGGUGGGUUAAACCGGGAACUUUAACUGCCCUAAUGGGGGUCACGGGAGCUGGAAAGACUUCUCUCUUGGAUGUGUUAGCUAACCGGGUAACCAUGGGUGUGGUCACCGGGGAGAUGCUAGUCGAUGGGCGGAUGCGAGAUGACUCUUUUCAAAGAAAAACCGGUUAUGUCCAACAGCAAGACCUGCAUCUGGAAACGACUACGGUGCGGGAAGCCCUUGUCUUCAGCGCGCUGCUUCGCCAGCCAGCGAGUACGCCUCGGAUGGAGAAGAUCGCCUACGUAGAAGAAGUCAUCAAAAUGCUCAAUAUGGAAGCAUACGCCGAAGCUAUUGUUGGGGUUCUGGGUGAGGGAUUGAAUGUCGAACAGAGAAAAAGAUUGACGAUCGGGGUAGAGAUUGCGGCCAAGCCUGAUCUCCUUCUCUUCUUUGACGAGCCCACUUCCGGACUUGAUAGUCAAACUGCGUGGUCCAUAUGUUCUCUUAUGCGGAAGCUGGCAGAUCAUGGACAAGCGAUAUUGUGUACAAUUCACCAACCGUCAGCUAUCCUGAUGCAACAGUUCGAUCGGCUGCUGUUUCUAGCCAAAGGGGGCAAGACAAUCUACUUCGGCGAGCUUGGACAAAAUAUGGAGACUUUGAUAAGAUAUUUCGAGGAUAAGGGCUCGCCAAAAUGCCCAGGGAAUGCAAACCCCGCGGAGUGGAUGUUGGAAGUAAUCGGGGCUGCUCCAGGAUCUCAUGCUGACCGGGACUGGGCAGAGGUGUGGAAUCAAAGUCCUGAGCGCACCCAAGUCCGCUUUGAGCUCGCUCAGAUGAAGGAGGAACUAUUACAGCGACCCCCGCCUCCUCGAAUGGUGGGCUAUGGGGAGUUUGCCAUGCCGAUUUGGACGCAAUUCCUCCUCUGUCUACAACGGAUGUUCCAGCAAUAUUGGCGAAGUCCUUCAUAUAUCUACUCAAAGGCUUCCAUGUGCAUCAUACCUCCUUUGUUUAUCGGUUUCACCUUCUGGCGUGAGCCAAACAGCCUCCAAGGGUUGCAGAAUGAGAUGUUCGCCAUAUUCAUGCUGUUGAUCAUCUUUCCCAACCUCGUGCAACAGAUGAUGCCGUAUUUUACCACGCAACGGGCUUUGUAUGAAGUCCGCGAAAGGCCUUCCAAGGCGUACUCCUGGAAAGCGUUUAUGUUAGCCAGUAUUAUGGUCGAAUUGCCCUGGAAUAUUCUCAUGGCUGUCCCGGCAUACUUCUCAUGGUACUACCCAAUUGGUCUAUACCGCAACGCCUAUCCAUCGGACACGGUCACCGAAAGAGGUGGCACCAUGUUUCUCCUCGUUUUGAUCUUCAUGAUGUUUACCUCGACGUUCAGCUCCAUGGUCAUUGCAGGCAUCGAGCACCCAGAUACCGGUAGCAAUAUCGCCCAGCUUCUGUUUUCAUUCUGCCUUAUCUUCAAUGGCGUUCUUGCUACCCCAUCGGCCCUGCCUCGCUUCUGGAUUUUCAUGUAUCGAGUUUCGCCUUUCACAUAUCUCGUGUCCUCUGUGCUGAGCGUGGGGAUAGCGGGAAACGAUGUCGAAUGCUCCGACAUCGAGCUGCUGCAUAUACCGCCUCCAGCGGGACAAAACUGCUCGAGUUUCUUGGGAUCAUAUGUUCACGAUUACCAAGCGAGCCUGCUUGACCCUGGAAAUACGACCGAGUGCCUGGUGUGCUCGAUAUCCACGACGGACCAGUACCUGAGCGCACUGAGUAUGAGUUACUCGGACCGCUGGCGUAACGUGGGCAUUCUCUUCGUGUAUGUGGUGUUUAACGCUUUCGCCGCCGUGUUUUUGUACUGGUUGGUUCGGGUACCGAAGAAGAAAUCCGUAAAGGAGAAGGAGGAGUAGACAGGGAGCAGGAUCGGAGAUGCUAUGGGAGGAUUCCGGCUGGGGAAGUCAGGCUAUGUUCUUACCAUGUAGAGUACAUCUGGGGUAUUUUCUUUUGUUUGCAUGAUUACUGAUCCCAGCUGCCAUUGCUGAGGAUCAAUAGUUCCACAUUUACAAGAACCUUGC